UAUCCGGUCCCCAUAUUAAAAACCAAGCAACAAUAAUUCACAAAUCUCUUUCUUUCAUCUUCAUCUUAUUCCUCUCUUUAUCUCCCUCUCCUAGACGAUUGAGCUUCUUCUUUAUUUCCGGAGUCUUCUUUAGUCUGCUGAUCUCUUACAAGAAUGGCGUUUGCAGGAACUACCCAGAAAUGCAUGGCUUGUGACAAGACCGUUUAUCUUGUCGACAAGCUAACCGCUGAUAACCGGGUUUACCACAAAGCCUGCUUCCGAUGUCACCAUUGCAAAGGAACUCUCAAGCUUAGCAAUUACAACUCCUUCGAAGGAGUCCUCUAUUGCAGACCACAUUUCGAUCAAAACUUCAAGAGAACUGGAAGUCUUGAGAAAAGCUUCGAAGGGACACCAAAGAUUGGAAAACCGGAUAGGCCUUUGGAGGGAGAGAGACCUGCUGGAACCAAAGUUUCGAAUAUGUUUGGUGGAACACGAGAGAAAUGCGUUGGCUGCGAUAAAACUGUGUAUCCAAUCGAGAAGGUGUCGGUGAAUGGGACAUUGUACCACAAGAGCUGCUUCAAGUGUACACAUGGAGGCUGCACGAUAAGCCCGUCGAAUUACAUAGCUCACGAAGGUAAGCUUUAUUGCAAGCAUCAUCAUAUUCAGCUGAUCAAGGAGAAAGGAAACUUGAGCCAGCUCGAAGGAGGAGGAGAUAAUGCCACUAAGGAAAAAGUCGUUGCUGCUUAAUGAAAACAACUCAAUCUCUCUGGAUGAUUUUGGCCAUCAAAGAAUCAAAAGCCGUCACACUACUUCUCCAUCGAUAACAUAUAGUAUUGGUUUUGUUUCUUCUCACGUUUGUGUUUUUUCCCUGUUAUGGUUUUUGAUGUUGUUUUUUUAAUUGGGAUCUUUGUUCACUCUUUUAUUUGGGUUUCUUGAGAUGAAACAAGAGAAACAGAGAAAUAAUGGAUGUUUUGCUUAUGAGAAUAUAUGUAUUACGUUCAAAUAACAAUUGAUGUAACUUAAUUCCUCGUGAAAGAGAGUAUAUAUGCUGCAGCUAAUUGAUCCA